AGAGAAAUCAAUGGAGUUGAACGACCUCAAAGAAGAUGUGCUGAUGGGAGACACCGACAGGGCCACCGUACCGGCCGCCGUGCUUGCGUCGGCGCCAGUGCUGGACAUCGGCUUUCACCCGACGCUGCCCAUUCUCGCUGUGGGACUCAUCACCGGAGAAGUCGAAAUCUUUGAGCGCAAGAGCGUCGAUGAGAUGGUGAAAGUGCCGCUGAAGAACGACUUCUCGUCGUGGAUCUUCAAGGGCCAGUACAACGAGGACGAGGUGGUCAUGAACUACCAUCAUCAGAACAUGCUGAUGCACCCGACGGGCGGUGUUUCGUCGAUGGAGUUCACCGAUGACGGCUCCUACCUCGUGACGGCCAGCGGCGAUCGCACCAUCUCCGUCAUGGACUGCGUGUCGCUGCGUCUGGUGAUUCACAUCCCAUCCGACGAGGUGCACGCACGCACGACGGCGAAAAAGCAGCUGAACGCGAUGAACAAAAAGAAUGACCCGUUUGCGAAGACGGCGGUCAAGGCGGUGACCACGAAGAAGAAAGUUGGCCGCACCGUGCCGGUAAACCCACACAAAUACGGCAUCUCCGCGAUGAACGUGUGCGAUGAGAAUUUGAUCGCCACAGGCGACGACGACGGCCUCAUUGCGAUCUGGGAUAUGCGGGAGCGCAAGCCUGUGCACGCCUACCACGAGCACGGCGACUACGUUUCUCAGCUCUGCUACUUUACCGACGUGCAGGAGCUCGUCUCCAGCAGCGGCGACACCUGCCUCGGCGCCUACGACGUGCGGGCGGGCAAGAUCCGCGACUUCAGCGUGAAGCGAAAGGACGAACUGAACUGCUUUGCCUUCAUUAAUAACAGCGGUAUCAGCAACGCCGCGUUUAUUCCCAGCAUCAUUUGUGGUACCCCACACGGUGGUCUCCCCAUUUGGAAAUAUGGCUCGUGGAAGCGCCCCUACGACGUGAUGGAGCGCCACCCCGCGGAGUGCGAGUCCAUCAUCUCCUUCCACGGCGAGAACACUGCUUUCAACCACAACCUUAUCCUCACCGGCGCCUGUGACGGGCUCGUACGGGUACUGCAGAUGUACCCCGUCCGGCGCAACCUGUGCCAGCUGAGCGCACGCGAUUACACCUACUCCCACUCGAGUGUGCUGGGGGGAAACAAAAACACCAGUGGAGGGUCGCAGCAUCAAGGUAACUACGUCGUGCGGCGCACCCGUGGACAGGAGGCAAUUACGCGGAUGCGCGUCUCGCACGACGCGAACUUGCUGGCCGUGAGUGGUACUGACAAUGUGAUUGACUUUGUCGACAUCGCCUUUCUGAACAACGAGGACGAGUUGGAUCAGCUGCGUGGGCGGGCAGAGCAGCGUCACCUGCGUACUAUUCGUGAGCUGGACCGCGAGCGCGACGAGGCAGACGAGCGGGAGCGGCGGCUCAUGGAGGGUCGAGACGGCCACAGCAGCGACAAUGACGCAAAGGGGGAGAGCAGCAGCAGUAGCAGCGACGACGCGGAUGGCGGUGAGGACGGCUUUUCGGACGCGAGCGAUGACACCAGCAGCAGCGAUAGCAGCAGUGAGGAGGAGGUGGACAAGGAGGCCAAACUUGCUCGUCGCGCGGCGCUUCGGGAGAAAAUGCUAAAACUGGGUGCGGUUCAGAAACGUCGCCGCUCCGACGGCAGUGAUAGCGGUGACGAAGGCGCUCACAGCACGAAACAAGCGGAGGCCAAGCCCAAGAAGAAGGUGAUCAACACGAAGACGAAGAAACACGCGGAUGAACCCGUUGUUGUUGCUGACGCCAACACUGACCCAAUCAAGAAGAAGAAGAGAAUCACGGCGUGCAAGAAAGACGUGGGUGCUUCGCACGACUCUCCGGCGAAAGGUGGCGAUGAGUCUACGUCAGACGUACAGCGGGGGAGCAAGAAAACUGCCAAAACGAAGGCGGCGGAUGCGAAGUCGGGCGACGAAGGCGGGGAGGGCGCGAUUGACUCGAUGGAGGCGUACCGCACCGAUCGUCAGAAAAAGCGCGAGCGUGCUGCGGCGGCUCGUUGGCUAAAGGAGGAGCGACGGAAGAAGAUUAACUUCACCUACGAAAAGCGUCGCCGGCGCGUGGGCGGCUUCUUUGGCGAUAUGGUGGGCGGAGAUGAUGAUUAA